AUGCAGAAGACCCCGGGGUCAGACUCCAACGCCAUCUCAAGGUAGGGCUGGGGGAUGGCCCAUCUGAAAUCUUGCCGCUCAGCGGGGACAACAUUGAGUUGGAUGGACCACUGUGGUCUGAUUCGGGCAGCUUUCUGUGUGAGAAAAUCCCUGCCCCAUGCAAGAUCACGGGAUGCCCUUGGCUAACUGCUCCCUCCACCCGCCCCAGGAAUAUUAGGCAGAUGGUUGAGCUCAAGAAAGGAAAGGGAGACUUCGAAGAGAAUCGCUGGGUAAGUGGUAUAAUGGUUAGAGUGUCAGAUUGUGGCUUGGGAGACCAGGGUUUGAACCCCACUUGGCUGUGAAGCCUUGGGGUGACCUCGGGGAUCUGUCCCCGUCUCUCAGUCUAACCCACCUCACAAUGUUGCAGGGGGUCGGACUAGAUGAGUCAUGCGGGUUUCCCACAGGAUAGCCACUGUGGGAACAGGAUGCUGGACUGAAUGGGUCAUUGGCUUGAUCCAGAAGCCUGUUCUAAUGCUCUUAACGUUUGAAAACAGCCCUCUCAACUCUACUUACUACAUAAAUAAUUUUAAUUUCACACACAGUAGCAUAGCGUGGGUUGCCAGGGCCCGGGGCAAGGCAAGGAUCCUCAGCACUGCCUGCCAAUAAAUAGGCUGCAACAAAAGGCCAAUAGCUCUGCAACCUACACGACUGGCAGCCGCAGCAGUGAGCAUUCAGCACAGCGGAGAACAGGAGGAGGGAAUGUUCGGGAGCGGGUAUCUAUCCAAAGCCCAUGCACAGGGUGCCCUCACACCCGACUGUUGCUCAAAGCCACUCCUCAUUCUGCCCACACAAACACUGGGAGAUUUUCUGUGUGAGGGGGAGGGCAUGCUAUUUUUUUAUUUAUUAUUACUAUUUUUUAUUUUUUCCUUUGGAAAUGUUGUGCCCCUAAGAUAUUUGCACCCAGGGCAAACGUCCCUGUGGCUACGCCACUGCUUGAUUAUCUAAGACUCCAUUUCUGAGACUCACUGCCCAUCUGAGUAGACAACCAGGCAGGUUUGGAGAUUCAUCAGACAACAAUUGGGGAAUCUGGCAUAAAACCAUAAAUUGAUGCUUGGGAAAUGUGAGUUUUCACUUAAAACAGCCCCAGCCUCUCCUUAAAGGGACCCCUGACCAUUAGGUCCAGUCGUGGCCGACUCUGGGGUUGCAGCGCUCAUCUCACUUUAUUGGCCGAGGGAGCCGGCAUACAGCUUCCGGGUCAUGUGGCCAACAUGACUAAGCCGCUUCUGGCGAACCAGAGCAGCGCACGGAAGCGCCGUUUACCUUCCCGCCGGAGCCGUACCUAUUUAUCUACUUGCACUUUGAUGUGCUUUCAAACUGCUAGGUUGUCAGGAGCAGGGACCAAGCAACGGGAGCUCACCCCGUCGCGGGGAUUCGAACCGCCGACCUUCUGAUCGGCAAGUCCUAGACUCUGUAGUUUAACCCACAGUGCCACCCGUGUCCCUACAGCCUCUCCUUAUUUGCAGCUUAUUUCCCUCACAACACUCCCCCCAAGUGGGCUUGUUUAGAAACCGAGCUGGUGGAUAAAGGCUGGCGGCAGAGGUAUGCCGCUCGAACAGAGACAGCCGGCCUCACUUGCAAGUCCCCUGUGUUUCCCUCCCUGUCCUACAGGUACUUGCUGGUUCCCGGCCAUCCUCUGGCCUCCCUGCCCUUGGCGUCUCCCCCAGGGGCCCCCGACCUAGCAGCAGAGACCAUGGCCAACCUGCGCUUCUCUCCCCUGCCAGGACGCCUGUCCUGGAACCGCUCCCUCCUAUCCGAGAGCAUGAAGGGCCUGCUGGGGGCACUCCUGGGGGGCGUUGUGCCGGCCAGCUUUGUGGCGCCUUUCCCAUGCGUGGCCAAUCAGGCCUCGGGCAUCGCUUUAUUGGAGAUCCUCCUCAUCCACAGCAUCCUGUGCCGGCUACCUGCGCUGCCAGAAGGCCCCAUCCUUCGGGCUGCUGGAGGCCUGCCAGCGCACACUCCUGCACGCCUAGAUCGGCGUCAUCUCCAUCAGCUGCGCCUACAGCUCCUUCUUGGUGGUGCCCAGUGGGAACGCCACCGCUGUCCGGAAGGGCUCGUCCACGAUCUGCUCCAUCCUGCUGGCACUCUGCAUCGAGAACGGCAGACUGACGGGCCACGACUGGUGCAGGGGCGGCUUACGGUCUGGUCAAACAGUCUUUGUGGGUCGCACGUUGCUGACCCCUGA